CUGCCCCACCCAAGUCUCUUAGACACCGAGGACCAGAGAGGCAUUCAAACCCUUCACCACAACACCCGCAUCCCUCCUAAGAACCAACGAAGUCGGGGUCAUUCUUUCCCCUCAAUGCCCCUGGCCGCUGUCUACAGGAACUCUUGCUGAGAAUCUGCUCGUCGUCCUGCCGCUCUGUCUCUGUUUCCUUCAGUGAUCAAGCCCCCCAUGGCUCAGCAGUGCUUCCACAGUGAAUAUUUUGACAGUCUGCUGCAUGCUUGCAAACCUUGCCACCUCCGCUGUUCCAACCCUCCUGUGCCCUGUCAGCCUUACUGCAACCCAAGUGUGACCGGCUCAAUGAAAGGAACACACAUUGUUCUCUGGACCUUCUUGGGCUUGACCUUGAUCGUCUCUUUGGCACUUUUCACACUCAUGUUCUUGCUGAGGAAGAUGAACUCUGAAGCACUGAAGGGCAAACUUCAAAGCUCAGGAUCCAUUCUGCUGGACAAGGCCAGUACUGACCCGAGGAGGAGCAGGGCUGAUGACGUAAGGAUUCUUCCCGGAAGCCUGGCGUACACAGUGGAAGAAUGUACCUGCGAGGACUGUGUCAAGAGCAACCCUAAGGUUGAUUCUGACCAUUUCUUCCCACUUCCAGCCAUGGAGGAGGGUGCAACCAUUCUUGUUACCACAAAAACGAGUGACUAUGGCAAGAGUGUGCCAACUGCUUUGGAAAGUGUCCCAGGGAUGGAGAAACCAAUUCUUUCUAGAGAAUGAACCUCUUUCUGGUAUAAAGCCACUUUGAGAACCUUUGCCAGAGGGAGAGCUGAUGCUUUUGAUGUCUUUAGGAUGACUUUAUCAGCUGGGAAUAUAGCUUUUGUCCUUCAAUUCUGAAAACUCUUUACAUUAUAUUCAUUCUCCAUCUUAUCAUUGGGAGCUUAACUGUGGAAGGUUCCUUGGUUUUAUUUGAAUUUUUGAUUCUCUCUUAAAAAAAAAAAAAA